CGACCACAUCCCUUCCUGCAUUCUUUUGCAUUUUUUUCCUGCAAAAUUUGUUUAAAGAUAGAGAUUUACGGAAUCAAUGGCGAUUUGCUCCUCGAAAUGUGGAGUUCUUGGAUCUGUUUAUUGUUUGGUGCUGGUGCUAUUAUACGCCAGGAUAUGCGUAUCGGUUAGAUCUGAUAAGGAAAUCCGGGAAAGGUUUUACGGUAACCUGGUGAAUUCGUCGUCCACGGGUAACGGGGAAGGGAGUAUUGCCAAAAUGUUCGAUCGGGUUCUUGAGAAGGAGUUCUCCGAAAAUGAUCAAACUGCAGGAACUGACGCAAGCAAUUUCAAUUCUAGUGUAGCUGAUCAGCAAGCUGUACUUGAGACUGUAGCUAAAAUAACUCAUGAGAAGGGGAGGAGAAAUGAUACGCAAGAGACAAAUGGCACAAAAUUAUUCCAGAUUAACGAUGUUUUUUCUCUGGAAAAUGAAGAUUCUGAUGAGACCACAACCUUGAUUGAUAAAAAGGAUAAUGUGUUUGUAAUGUCAAAUAGAAAAUCUAAGUAUCCAGUACUCCAAGUUGAUUUGAGAUUGAUAUCAGAUCUGGUGGUUGUCAUAGUCUCUGCUGCCAUUGGUGGUAUUAUUUUUUCAUGUCUAGGGCAACCGGUUAUUGUGGGCUAUCUUCUUGCGGGUUCACUUAUUGGACCAGGGGGUUUGAAAUUCAUUAGUGAAAUGGUACAGGUUGAAACUGUUGCACAGUUUGGUGUUGUCUUUCUUCUUUUUGCUCUUGGGCUAGAGUUUUCUUUGGCGAAGUUAAAAGUUGUGGGGCCAGUUGCUGUUUUUGGAGGACUGCUUCAAAUUGUGAUAUUUAUGUGCUUGUGUGGCAUAAUUGCAGUGUUAUGUGGAGCAAAUUUAUCUGAGGGUGUAUUUGUUGGUUCCUUCCUCUCAAUGUCGUCAACUGCAAUUGUUGUGAAGUUUUUAGUAGAACGGAAUAGCACUAAUUCUCUUCAUGGUCAAGUUACUAUUGGGACUCUAAUUUUUCAGGAUUGUGCUGUUGGUUUGUUAUUUGCUUUGCUCCCAGUUUUGGGUGGUAGCAGUGGCCUACUACAUGGAAUGGCAUCAAUGGGAAAGUUGAUAUUGGUAUUAUCAAUUUAUCUUACUGUUGCAUCUCUAUUGUCUUGGUCGUUUGUCCCUCGAUUCCUAAAGUUAAUGAUGCAGAUAUCAUCUCAAACAAAUGAACUUUAUCAGCUUGCUGCUGUGGCUUUCUGCUUAUUGUCUGCUUGGUGCAGUGAUAAGUUGGGUCUCAGCCUUGAGUUGGGUUCAUUUGUUGCUGGGGUUAUGAUAUCUACUACUGAUUUUGCGCAGCAUACACUAGACCAGGUGGAACCAAUUCGCAAUCUAUUUGCAGCACUCUUCCUUUCUGGUAUUGGGAUGCUCAUUCAUGUACAUUUUCUGUGGAACCACGUGGAUAUACUACUGGCCUCUGUUAUUCUAGUUAUUGUUGUUAAGACUGCUGUUGCCUGUGCGGUUGCCAAGGCUUUUGGAUAUGGAGUUAGGACAUCUUUCCAUGUGGGAGUGUUGCUCGCCCAAAUUGGGGAAUUUGCUUUUGUUCUUCUAAGUCGUGCCUCAAAUCUUCACCUUGUUGAGGGAAAGAUGUAUCUUCUUCUGCUUGGAACAACAGCUCUUAGCCUGGUAACAACUCCUCUUAUGUUCAAAUUGAUACCAUAUGUGAUGAACUUGGGUGUUCUUCUGCAAUGGUUUCCCUCCGACAGCGGCUUACAGAACGAGGAGAAAGUUGCCAUCAUUGAAGCACAUAAUAGGUUACACUGACCAAUCCUAUGUUAUGGUAGUCAGGUUAUACUUGGGAUUCAUACUCAUUUGCAAGUGUUAGCGGUUUAAUAUCAGCCCAAAAUUCAUGGGAUGUCUGCUGAGAAGUAUCAUGCACGUUCAUAUAUGUAUUAAAUAUAUUCUUUAUAAUUCUUUGUAUAUUGAUUUUGCAUUUUGAGCACUCAGGACCGAGUCUAAUCUUGUCAUGUGAGUUGUAACCCUAUACACUAAUACACAAGAUUAUAUGCCUGGAAUCUACUUCUACACUGAAAUCAAUGUUUGAUUUAGAAUGAGUUAA